UUUCACGUAUUUACCAAAACUCUGGGAACGUUUUGUCGGCCCACAGAUUUAGCUUACACAUGGGUAGCUAACGGUUUGCUUACCGUCAGAUGUUAGGAUAAACCAUCGGGAUUUAACCUACUCAGGCUUUUAUCUUCAUAAUGUUGAAAUCUAAAACCUUCGUGAAGAAGACUCGGUCGGGUGGGGUGAUGAAGAUAGUGCGCGAGCAUUACCUGAGAGAUGACAUUUGGUGCGGAAGCGAAGUUUGCGCUGAAUGCAAACAGGAGUCCGCGGUGCUCCAGAGGGACGCGUGUAUCGAGAGUAACCUGUGCACUUACCCACAUUAUCUGAUCCCUGACACCAACGUGGUGCUGCAUCAGAUCGACGUGCUGGAAGACCCUGUGAUACGUAAUGUUAUUAUCCUGCAGACUGUGCUGCAGGAGGUACGCCACCGCAGCGCACCCGUCUAUAAGCGCCUGAAGGACAUUAUACAUGAGAAAGAGAAACACUUCUACACCUUUACCAACGAACACCACAGAGAUACAUUCAUUGAACGGGAACCGGGAGAGAGCGCCAAUGACCGUAACGACCGUGCGAUCCGUGUGGCCACCAAAUGGUACAGCCAGCACCUGAAGACGUCCGAGUCCGACGCAGAAGGGCUCAAAGUGGUCCUACUCACCAAUGACCAAGGGAACACGCAGAAGGCAGAGGAGAGCAGCCUGCUGGUGUACAAAUGUGAAGAGUACAUCAAGAGUCUGAUUGCAAACCCUGAGCUUGUGGAUCGUCUGGCUUUAUCCAGUGACGACAAGAAUGAGAUCACUAGCAGUAAGGUGUUAUUCCCAGAGCACCUCCCUCUAUCCAGGAUCCAAGCAGGAAUUAAGAGUGGCUCCUUCCUCCAGGGCUCCUUUAGGGCCAGCAGGGACAACUAUCUGGAGGCCACAGUCUUUGUCCAGGGAGAGGGGGAAGACAGCACUGAGGUUCUCAUUCAGGGUCUUCAGAACCUCAACAGAGCAGUGCACCAGGAUGUGGUUGCCGUACAGCUGUUGCCACGGAAUCAGUGGGUGGCGCCCUCUGCAGUCGUGCUGCAGGAUGAAGGCACAGCAAAGGACGAUGAUGCUGAAGAGGAGGAGGAGGAGAAAGCGUUGAGGAUAUCGGCAGCUGAAGCAGCCAGCAAGCCCACAGGCAAAAUAGUGGGAAUCAUCAAAAGGAGCUGGAGGCCAUACUGUGGCAUGCUCAAUGCCUCCCAGAUUAAAGAGUCGACUCGCCAUCUUUUCACCCCAGCAGACCGCCGUAUCCCUCGCAUUCGCAUUGAAACACGUCAGUCAUCCACACUGGCAGGCCAGAGGAUCAUGGUGGCCAUCGAUGGCUGGCCCAAACACUCCAGAUAUCCAAAUGGUCACUUUGUGCGCAGUCUGGGAAGUGCAGGGGAGAAGGACACAGAGCAGGAAGUGCUGCUACUGGAGCAUGAUGUUCCCCACCAAGACUUCUCUCAGGCUGUGCUCAGUUUCCUUCCCAAGAUGCCGUGGGCCAUCACACCAGAGGACAUGGUGAAGAGAGAGGACCUGAGGCAUCUGACGGUGUGCAGUGUGGAUCCUCCAGGAUGUACAGACAUUGAUGAUGCCCUUCACUGUAGAGAGCUGGACAAUGGAAACCUUGAGGUGGGCGUCCACAUUGCUGAUGUCAGUCACUUCAUCAGACCUGGCAACGCUAUGGACAAAGAGGCUGCGAACCGCGGCACCACUGUCUACUUGUGUGGCAAAAGGAUAGAUAUGGUUCCUGAGCUGCUCAGCUCCAAUCUUUGUUCUCUACGCUCCAAUGUGGAAAGGAUGGCUUUCUCGUGUAUCUGGGAGAUGAACGACAAGGCUGAAAUUCUAAAGACCCGGUUCACAAAAAGUGUCAUUAACUCCAAGGCAUCUUUGACCUACGCUGAGGCCCAAAUGAGGAUUGAUGACACCACCAUGAAUGACGAUAUCACUCAGAGUCUUCGAGGUCUCAACAAACUAGCCAAAAUCCUCAAGAGGCAGAGGAUAGAGAAAGGGGCGCUGACGCUGUCAUCCUUAGAGGUCCGUUUCCACAUUGACAGUGAAACCCACGACCCCAUUGACCUCCAAACCAAAGAACUCAUGGAGACAAACUCCAUGGUAGAGGAGUUCAUGUUGCUGGCCAAUAUUUCCGUUGCCCAGAAGAUUUAUGAUGAAUUUCCAGAUUGUGCCAUGCUGAGAAAACAUCCAGCACCACCUCCAUCUAACUACGACAUCCUGCUCAAGGCUGCAAAGUCCAAGAAUGUGGAGAUCCACACAGAUUCGGCCAAGGCACUGGCCGACUCCCUUGACGGGGCCAAAGUGGACGGCUUCCCGUACUUUAACACGCUACUGCGCAUCUUGGCCACUCGCUGCAUGAUGCAAGCUGUCUAUUUUUGUUCUGGCAUGGACAGCGAUUUCCACCACUACGGCCUUGCUUCACCCAUUUAUACACACUUCACAUCACCUAUUAGGAGGUAUGCAGAUAUUAUAGUACACCGCCUGCUGGCAGUGGCCAUAGCAGCUGACAGCACCUACCCAGAUUUGAUGGACAAACAUAAGCAAUCGGCCCUUGCCAACAACCUCAACUACAGACAUAAAAUGUCUCAGUAUGCACAGAGGGCAUCUGUGGCCUUCCACACACAGUUGUUCUUCAAGAGCCGAGGCAUACUGAACGAAGCGGGAUAUGUUCUGUUUGUGAGGAAAAAUGCAAUCAUUGUACUCAUCCCAAAGUUUGGUCUGGAGGGAACAGUCUUCUUUGACACCAAAGACAAGGCGGCUCCAAACCUGGUUUUUGAUGAAGAGGGUCCCACUCUGAAGGUAGAGCAGCACAAUUUCUGCAUAUUUGACAAGGUGAAGGUCACCAUCAGCCUAGACGCCUCCAAUAUUCAGCACCAGAAGAUCCGCAUGGCUCUGAUUGACCCUGUGAUCCCUGGAGUGAGUGUUCCAGCCCCAGAUGUUGAACCACAGGCCAAGAAACCAAAACUGGACCGCUGACACAGAAAGCAGCACAAAAUUUCACCUGAACCACCAGCUGAUCAUCCAGAUCAACAAAUUGUAAAAGUCUAUAAAAGAACCAGUUUGGGCCGGUUGAUGCAUUGACACAGUUACCUGUUAUACUUUGUGUCCAUUUUAGUAAAUCUACCACAGUGAAGCUUCACUGCUCUAAUCUCACAUGCACCCCUCCGCUCAUUUUACAUUACAUUACAUCAAACACUUGUUGGUACAUAAGCAUGGAUAGGUGCAACAGACUGUCUGGCUGUGUAACCUGUCAAAUAACAGUGUAGUAAGUGACUCAAUCAUUAAAGUGUUUUUUUUUA